AUGUCAUUCCAGAAUCCCGCACUCGUCACCCCUUUUCUCACCCGUGAGACCAACACCGGUCACCAGAACGGAAAACCGCAAGGCGAGCAGCCUGGGGUUCGUGUCUGGUAUUGUGGUAACUGUGGCUGGGGUCCCAUGAUGUGUGGCCUUUACUUUGCCUGCAUCGUGUGUCAACACAAACUCGGCUCCGACUGCGAAAUAGACUUCAUCGAAGACAAGGCUGGCGGUACAAAGCUACAAGGCCAGCGAAUUGCGGAGCCUGCCGCUCAACAUGGUGCAAGGCAGCCGGCAAAUCCACCCAAACAACCUACUAGGCAGUCGCAGCAACCUGCAGGAUCGUUGGAAGAGCCCACAAUCCAUCCUGGUAUCCUCCAGGGUGAUGGAAUGAUAACCAUCCCCGGUCAGAGCAAGGACAAGUACACGCUAGACCAAUACAUCAAAAGCCCACUAGGCGUCAUCGACCGGCUGGCCAACGGCCUCCCCAACGACGGGGGCCGAACACUGGAAAUCCAAUUGAGCGAGAUAUGCCAGACGCUUGGGUGCGAAUCAGGAGACGUAUGGGAAUUUUCGCCGCUUGACCAGGGCGAACUGGAAGGCUAUGACUUCGCACAAUGA